AUGGGUGGUGUAAUGUGCGACAGCAACAAAAGCAAGGACACUGACCUCUGUAGUAAGUUGGAGGAGGCGGAGGUGGAGGAGGUGGAGGUUGGUGCCCACUUCCUGCAGGGUGGGGUGUCUGUCAUUUCCUCUGCUCUGCGCCAUCAGGUGACUCUGGCCCUGGCUGUGUCCUGUCUGCCGCUGCUGGCUGGCUUCAUCCGCCCGGGGAGCGGUGCACAGGCGGUGAGCUGCAGGUGGAGGCCUUAUGGAGGAUGGUCCGAAUGUGACGGCUGCACCAGACAAAAGGUGCGCUUGCGCCACGUGGAGGUGCAUGCCCAGUAUGGAGGCGCUCCGUGCUCAGGAGGAGCCUCGCAGACGCAGCCGUGUGUCCCGCAGAGAGGAUGCCCGCUGGAAACCGGCUGCGGGGGAAGGUUCCGCUGCACCUCAGGUCAGUGUAUCAGCCAGUCUCUGGUGUGUAACGGAGACCAGGACUGCGAGGACGGCCUGGAUGAGCGUGGCUGCAGCCAAGACAGCAGUCACUACGUAUGUGACACGGACAAAACGCCGCCAAACUCUGACGUCACAGGCAGGGGGUAUGACGUGCUAACCGGGCAGCUGAGGGCAGGGGUCAUUAACACGCUCAGCUUUGGGGGCCAGUGCAGGAAGGUGUUCAGCGGAGACCACAGGACUUAUUACAGACUGCCGCAAAGCGUCCUCAGAUACAACUUUGAGGUGCGGGUGGACAACCAGGACUCCGACGAAUCCUACGAGAGCUCCUGGUCCUACGUGCAGCACAUCCAGUCCGACUCUUUGAUUGGCCAAGAUCGCCGCACCUUCCACAAAGAACUGACUCAGAGCCAGACUCAAAAACUUCUGAUCCUGAAGAACCAGGUGGAGUUGGCCCAGUUUCAGAACUCUGCUCCUCAGUACCUCACGUUGUCUGAGGGCUUCUGGAAAGCGUUGUCCUCCCUCCCACUAACCUACGACUACCCAGCUUACCGCCGGGUCCUGCAGACGUACGGGACCCACUACAUGUCGGCUGGCUCCCUCGGAGGCCAGUACCAGGCCCUGUUAGAGGUGGACCAGCAGGCUCUCGACUCAACCAGUACAACAGACAUCGAGUACCAGCGGUGCUGGAGGAAAGUUAAACGCCGCUGGUUCCGGAAGAAGGUCACGACCACGUGUGAAAAGCUGACCAAAGCCUUCGCGUCCCGCCACGGGAAGAGCAACACCAAAAUCACACCGAAGACCAGGGUCGUCGGCGGGGACUUGGCGUUUAUAGCGGCCCUAAAUGUGUUGGACGUCGACAAUCCCGAAGCCAACGGCGCCAACUACGACGCAUGGGCCUCUUCUGUCAAAGACUUCCCUGACGUCAUCAACCAGCAGCUCCGCCCUCUGUACGAGCUGGUGAAGGAGGUGCAGUGUGCCGGCCUGAGGAAGCUGCUCCUGAAAAGAGCUACAGAGGAGUACCUCGCAGAGGAGCAUCCGUGUCACUGUCGCCCCUGUGAAAACAACGGCCGGCCUCUCCUGUCUGGCACAGAGUGCACCUGCAUCUGCAGGCCCGGCACCUUCGGGGAGGCCUGCGAGAGGGGAGCAGUCAUCGGGGAGCAACCAGGUGUGACUGAUGGCGGCUGGACCUGCUGGUCAUCGUGGAGUUCCUGCUCUGGAGGUCAAAUGUCAAGGACGCGCAGCUGCACUAACCCCGCCCCCAGAAGAGGAGGCCUCCACUGUCCUGGGCUGGGCGUGGAGCGCAAGCCUUGUGAAGACCCAGACAUCCCAUACUUACAGAUGAUGGAGCCCCAGUGUUUCAGUCUUUCAGUAAGCCCGCCCAAGACAUGCGGAGCACCUCCAAAUCUCAGAAAUGGAUUUGUCCUGAACCCUAGAGAUGUUUACUCGGUGGGGAGUAGGAUUGAAUAUUCCUGUAUAAGUGGUUACUACCUCAAGGGAGAGGCCAUGGCCCAGUGUGCUGACAACCAGCUGUGGACGACAGCAGCAAUGACUUGUGAAAGUUCAACGUGUGGGCUUCCUUCACUUAACAGUGACGUCAUAGGCGCCCCAACCAAAGUGGCCUACGACAUCGGAGACAGGGUGUCCCUCUCGUGUCCUGUUGGCUCAGUGUUGGAGGGUGACCUGUCAGAGAUAAUAUGCAGUCCCAGUCUCCAAUGGUCUCCUUCUCCAGAGGGUGCAAGGUGUACAGAAGCUCUCAGCGCCCCCCCCCAGCCGGCUGCUCUGGCCUGUAAACCGUGGGAGGACCCGGGAAAGACUCAGUGUGUGUGUAAAACACCACACCAGUGCCCGCCUUCCUUGCAGCUGUGUGCGCGCCUUGGCCCCAGUAGGACGCGCCUACUGGGCCUGUGCCAAGUAGGAGCUCUGCAGUGUCUGGGGCGGCGCCUCACGUUGGCCAGCGACGGGGACUGUGACUGGCCAGCCAACACCGCCACUUGUGAAACCUGCUCACCGGGAGAAACGUGCCGAGCUGGGAAGUGUGUGUGCCUGCAGCCGAAGGACUGUUCUGCAGACUCCGCCCACCUGUGCGUCAUCCCAGAAGAUGAGGACGCCCCAGUGUCAAUGUCCGAAUGUGAGGUGGGGGCGAGGAGGUGCGGUGGGGAGCAGCUGACGGUCGUCGGCAUCGAGGCUUGCCCUCACUAGCUUACCGAGGUUGUCUGUAAUGCCCCGCCGCCUGCUGUAUAUAGUCCAGGCCGCCUACUGUAUAUAGUCCAGGCCGCCUGCUGUAUAUAGUCCAGGCAGCCUGCUGUAUAUAGUCCAGGCCGCCUGCUGUAUAUAGUCCAGGCCGCCUGCUGUAUAUAGUCCAGGCCGCCUGCUGUAUAUAGUCCAGGCCGCCUACUGUAUAUAGUCCAGGCGGCCUGCUGUAUAUAGUCCAGGCCG